AUGGUCAGAUUCACUGACACCGAAACUCGCAAGCUCAAACGACUAGCAUCGAACCGUCCAGAGAAACUAUCACGUAUCAAUCACCUAGUUUUCAACCUCACUAGCCCCCAUGUAAGAUUCAUACCUGAGCACCUGUUCAGCCAUUGGGCCCACAGUUCUAGCUUGUCUAUUGGGGUGAAAAUGUUUAAUUUCUACCAUAACUAUCGAGAAAGAAACCCCAGCGAACGUAAGAGCGAGGUUGUAGAGGCCUCGCAGCUCGAACCCGGAUCCGAACAGCUCCCUCCAGGACAAGAUCCUGGUUCCGGGUAUCUCCUGGCGUUCUUCUCGAUCUUACAAUCUAUUAUCCAACCACCCCCCAAGUUCGACCAAAAGGCUCUAUUCGAAGCCUUGAUAGGAGUCCUUAAACUUCUACCAAAUCUCCAAACCAUCGAAUUCAUGGAAGAUUAUCCACAUCCUCGAGAUAGACACCUUAUUGGAUUACUCUUCGAAGAGUACAACCCUUCCUUGAAAGCCUUUGUUCAAAAAAACCCGGAUUUAGAAGAGCUACCAUGGGUAGAAUGGUUGCGGGGAACAGAUAACCAAAUUAGAUUCGAUACGGCGUAUUCAACUGCCUUGUUCUGUGCUGCAGUAGCUGGAUGUCGUCGUAUAACUGAGAUCAAAGUAAACAGAAUGCGGUUUAUAACAUAUUAUGAUACCGCAGUCUCGUUAUCCCGGUUCAGUACUUACGACACCAAUUCAGUCUCCAUCCCGCCAUCUCUUCUAACAAAACAGCGCUACGAAGCAGCCUACCUCGAACACUACCAACGGGCCUUUGAAAACCUCAAACGUCUAGAAAUUUGGUGUUCCGGGGUAGAAUUGGAUAAACCCGAACAGGUCUCACCACUGUUCCUAACCACCAUAGAAAACGUCCAGGAACUCAGCUUCAGGCGACCCUUGGACUACAGGAAUAUAUACUUCAUCAAGCUCCCAAAUACUACUUUACCAAACAUACGAAGACUUGAAAUAAUAUCUGCUCGUGUCGACUUAAACUCCCUACAAGACUUCGCCCGAACUAACAAGAAUUCCUUAAGAGAAUUGAUGCUCCAAGGUCCUUGCAACGAUGACAUGCGUAAACCCGAAAUAAUCGAGUUUUUGGAAACGAUGAGACGUAUUAUAGACCUCGAAAUCUGUCAGAUCGACUUUGUAACUCGCCGCAAAGAGAUGGUUGGCGCUUGUUUCCUCCUUGUUGACGUCAAUGGCAGCUGGCGAGAAGAGGGUGUGGCUUGUAGAUAUCGCGUUGGUUCGAGGUGUGCAAACCGGGAUGAACACUUUGAACCUUGGGAUGGGGCGGAUUGGGUGGAACAGCAGACAUGGGAAGAGUUUAUAUUAGGGAUCAAGGAAGUGGGUGCUUCUGGCCUCGUUCCCAGGUUUCAGAGAUCGAUGAGUGAUGAAUUCAUAGAUUGUCAGGAUCAUUGGAGACGGGAUAGGACGUGGUAG